CUCCCCGCUUCCCUCCGCCCGGCCAGCGCCGUGAGGGGCCGUGAGGGGCGGCCGGGCCCGGGCUGAGCCUCCCCGCGGCCGGCGCGGCGCUGGGGCAGCUCCGCUCCCUCCCGAGCGGCUCUCGAUCAUUUAACCUGCAGUGACAUUCUGCUUCAGAGUUGAAUUUCUUUUUUUUCUCCUUUUUUUUUCCUUUUAGAUCAUUUAACCCACAGCGAUUUCAGCAGUGGAGAAAUAAUAAUAAAAGAGGAAAAAUAACUUAAAAAAGAAGAUGUCGAGGCAAGCUUUCCUGUGCACUUUGGGAUCUCUUUAUUUCUCCCUGCUCUUCAUCUUCCUCUCGAUGGAUGUUUGUGCCAGGCCUGCGAAUAAUUCCGUGCUGAAGGAAAAAGCGGCUGAGGGCAAAGAGGAGAACGAGAUCCUCCCCCCGGAUCACCUGAACGGUGUCAAGAUGGAGAUGGACGGACACCUGAACAAGGAAUUCCAUCAGGAGGUUUUCCUGGGAAAAGACAUGGAGGAAUUCGAGGAGGAUUCAGAGCCCAGGAGGAACAGGAAGAAGCUGAUGGUGAUUUUUUCCAAGGUGGAUAUAAAUAAUGAUAAAAAAAUCAGUGCCAAGGAAAUGCAGCGUUGGAUCAUGGAAAAAACAGAUGAGCAUUUCCAGGAGGCCAUGGAGGAGAACAAAGUGCAUUUCCGAGCUGUGGACCCUGAUGGAGAUGGUCACGUGUCCUGGGAUGAAUAUAAAAUUAAAUUCUUGGCAAGCAAAGGCUUCAAUGAAAAGGAAAUUGCAGAGAAAAUCAAAAACAACGAGGAAUUGAAAAUAGAUGAAGAAACGCAGGAGGUGCUGGACAACCUGAAGGAUCGCUGGUACCAGGCGGACAAUCCCCCUCCAGACCUGCUGCUGAGCGAGCAGGAGUUCCUGUCCUUCCUGCACCCCGAGCACAGCCGCGGAAUGCUGCACUUCAUGGUGCAGGAGAUCAUCCGCGACCUGGAUCAGGACGGGGAUAAGAAGCUGACGCUGUCGGAGUUCAUCUCCUUGCCCGUGGGCACUGUGGAGAACCAGCAGGCGCAGGACAUCGAUGACGACUGGGUGAGGGACAGGAGGAAGGAAUUCCAGGAGGUCAUCGACGCCAACCACGAUGGGAUCGUCACCAUGGAGGAGCUGGAGGAAUACAUGGAUCCCAUGAACGAGCACAACGCGCUGAAUGAGGCGCGGCAGAUGAUCGCUGUGGCCGACGAGAACCAGAACCACCACCUGGAGCUGGAGGAGAUCCUCAAGUACAGCGAAUAUUUCACCGGCAGCAAACUCAUGGAUUACGCCCGGAACGUCCACGAGGAAUUCUGAGCUUCCUCUCCCCUUUUCCGGAACUUCCCCAAAAGAACGACAAAAAAAAACCCAGGGAAAAAGGACUCGGCCGAGCCACAAGAAUUCUUCACUGCUGUCACCGCUCCUCGCUAGGAGUUGUCUCAAAUUCCCGGUUUUCCGUCCAUCCCUGGGAUCUGCAGCUCCUUGUUGGGAGAAAUCGUGGAAAUUCCUGGAUUCUGGCAGUUUUCCUCCCUGGUUUGUGGGGUUGGAUCCAGCUGGAAUUCUGGCUGGUCUGGUUGGGGAGAAUCCUGAAAUAUUCCCUUGUUGCCUUCAGCUGCUGAUCCAUGGAAUCCCAAAUAAAGGUUGGAUUUUGGGAAGGGAACGGUGAUUCCAAGGAAUGUUUGUCCUCCACACCCAAUUCCAUUUGGGAGGCUCCUUAAAUUUCUUCCCUCACAGCAGCUGAUCCAGGGAAUCCCAGAUAAAACUUGGAUUUUUGGAAGGGGACUGUGAUUCCAAGGAACGUUUGACCUCCUGGGAAUUGCCCUCACAGCUGCUGAUCCAGGGAAUCCCAGAUAAAAUUUGGAUUUUGGGAAGGGAACGGCGAUUCCAAGGAAUGUUUGUCCUCCACACCCAAUUCCAUUUGGGAGGCUCCUUGAACAAUCCCUUGUUUGCUUUUUCCAGCUGCUGAUCCAGGGAAUCCCAAAUCAAAGUUGGAUUUUGGGAAUUUGGUGUUUCCAAGGAAUGUUUGACCUCCUGGGAAUAUCCACACUCAAUUCCAGUGUUUUUCUCGCCUUCCUGAAGAGUUAUUGGGAAUUUAAUGGAAUUUUUCACCUCUUUUCAGGGGGCUGUGGGGAAGAAUUUAUUUAAAAUGUUAAAGAAAAACCCUUUGGAAUUAAAUGAAUUGAAAUGAAAUGAAAAUAAAAUAACAUUGAUUAAAAUUAAAUUAAUAUAAAAUCCCAUUUUUUUUGUUGACAUCUGCAUUGGGAAUGGGAGAUUAUGGCUUUUAAAAAUGAGAUUUUGGUUGAAAACCAAACAAUUGGGAAGGUUUUUUUGGAAUUUAAGCUGGUGGACAGAGCAGUGGGAAUUCCCAUGGAGUUUGAUGGCUGCUUAAUUAAAAUUCACUGCUAAAAUUAAUGAGCUCUGUGCUAAUUAAUGCUGUUAAUGAGCUGCUAAUGAUGAUUUGGGGGGAAUUCCAGGCUUUGGGUGAGCUCUGAAAGCAUCUCUGGCCCAAAUAAAAUGGACUUUUCUUCUGCUUCCAUCUUUCCUGGGGGGAAAAAAACCCUCUUAGGGAAAGAAUUCCUGAAAAUCUGAGAUGUUCUAUUUGAUUAAAUUUAUUCUUAAUAUAAUGUAAAUACAGGAAUUGCUGUCCCUCUUUCCCUUUUCCUGCUCUUUAUUUGAUAUUUUUAUUAAAUUCCUUGGAUAAAAGGUUUUAUA